CAGAUCAGAUGGCUAAGGGAAGGCUGCCAGGAAGUGGAGUGAAACAACAGGGUCAUGCAUCACGUGACAUGGACAAUUUUGUUUCAUGUUGAAAAUAUUAAACUGAAGUAUAAAACAGUAAACACAUUUGGGGAAAUGUUUUUUUCUGAAGCCAUUACAUACCAGGCCCUGUCCAGAAACAUGCCCGAGUUCCUAACCCCCAGGUAGGCUACUUUAUUUAAAUCCUAAAGAAUUGAUAAGCAAUUUGUUCAGGUCCAAAGUGUUUGUGUACAUUACAAUAGUGCGUUGUUGAGCCAAAGCAGUGACUCUUCCAGUGAGGAGAGGAUAGGGUCUGAAAUGUGACCAUGUGGUGAGUGAAGGCCAAAUCAAACAGUGUUUUUUUUAACGCGUCUACUCGCCGGAAUUAGAAUGCACCGUAGUGAAUGACAGAUAACAGACUGGCCGGGAGCGUCACCGUCAACGGCGUCAUGCGGUUCAAAUUAGAAAGCAGGUCUAUUUUUCCUCACGUAUGCGCGAAGAAAUGCUGGUAAAGUGAGCGGAUACAUUUCCAGAAAAUAGACUGUUUGUGCAUCGUUAGGUCUGGAAUUGGACAUGUAUAGUUAAAAGUGUCUAUUUAAUGUUGAUAGGUUUAGCUGCCAGUGCCAAUAAUACGUGACGCCUACCUUUGUUGAUUUCGAGCACAGGCAUGUAGCCUAGGCAGUCUACACCUGGGAAACUCAAGGAACUCCGUUCAAGAGACAAUAAUGUUAUGUAAAAAGGGUAUAUUAGCUACAACUCUCCUCACGUUCAUGAGCCAACAUAACAGGAGGUAGGUACGGUGUCUCCCGUAGGACAUGUAAGGGCGAGGGGCCGCUCCCCGUGGUAUAGAGAAGGAUGAAUGACACUCUGUUCCAGCCUAACUGAGAACGAGGGAGCAACGAAGGAAGAGGAAGAGGAAGAGGAGGAAAAAGGAGAGGAAUAAAGUAAAGAAGAAGAGAUUGAGAUCCGUCCUCCGACAGGGAUCACCUCCGGACAAUUAUUUUCUCUCUGUUCGUCUCUCUCUUUUCCUCCAUCGGCGACAUCGUUCACUGCAGCGGCUCCACUUCCCCUGGACUUUGAGCUGUGAAGGGGCUCUAUCACACACACACACACACACACACACACACACACACACACGUUUCGUCUGUGUCCUGUUGAUCGGCUGAUGCUGGUUGGCCUGCCUGCGUGCUCCAGCCCCAGGCCCAGAACCAUGAAGAGGCCCAAGCAGCAGACUCAGCCCCUCAGCUUCCUCUCCUUCUUCAGCCGGAAGCCUAAAUCCGACCCCAGGCUCGAGAGGCCUGCUGGGGCCCACAACAAGGAGGAGGUCUCCAUCACUCUCACGCCCAGCGAACAUGCAGACCAGGACCAGAACAUUACAGCCGAAGAGGGCGGGAUCGAACAAGGUGGCAUCGGGGCGGCAUCGUCGGGAGUGACGGGUGACGAACCUGCCGCUGCGGUGGCGGCGGAAUGCUGCGGGGGCGGAGCCAACAGCUGUUCCUCAGGUGUCCUAUCCCUCUCGUCUUCCAGCCAGGACCAGCUAUUGGACGAUCACCACUUGGAAGAGUGUCCUUUGUGCCUCCUCAGCCAACCACGAUGCCGGUUCCCCCGCCUCUCUUCCUGUUCCCACCGGGCCUGCUACGACUGCCUGAGACAGUACCUGAAGAUCGAAAUCUCAGAGAGCAGGGUGGGCAUUGCCUGUCCGCAAUGCCCCGAGGCGUUGGCGCCGCAAGAUGUGCGGGCCAUCCUGGAUGACCAGGCGCUGCUGGAGAGAUUCGAAGAGUACCAGCUGAGACGGUUUCUGGCGGCCGACCCGGACACACGCUGGUGUCCUGCACCCGACUGCAGCUUUGCAGUGAUAGCGUAUGGCUGUGCAGAGUGUCCUAAGCUAAGCUGCGGGCGUGAGGGCUGUGACACAGAGUUCUGCUACCACUGUCGCCAGCUGUGGCACCCCGACCAGACGUGUGACCAGGCUCGACGCCAGCGGGCACGCCACACCUCCGGGGGAAAUGAUGCCUCCACACUAUAUGUCUUCAACGAGGAGCCUGGAGGCGAGUCAGAGGAGAUCAAGGCGUGUCCUCGUUGUGGGGCCUACAUCAUGAAGACCAACGAUGGCAGCUGUAACCGGAUGAACUGUACCGUGUGUGCCUGUCAGUUCUGCUGGCUGUGUAUGCAAGAGAUCACCGAUGUGCACUACCUCAGUCCCUCGGGCUGUACAUUCUGGGGGAAGAAGCCGUGGUCUCAGACCCGGAGGGUGCUGUGGCAGGUGGGCAUGCUGCUGGGCGCCCCAGUAGUCAUCUCACUCAUCGCUGGCAUCGCCAUCCCAGUCAUCAUAGUGGGCAUUCCCAUCUACAUGGGCCGCAAGGUCCACGGUCGCUGUAAGAAGAACAAUAUCUCAGGUAGUAAACAUUACUUAACGGUGGCCAGCGGCGUCAUGAUGUCCGUGUUCGUGUCGCCCGUCAUAGCUGCUGUCACUGUGGGGGUGGGCGUCCCGUUGAUGUUGACAUAUGUCUACGGGGUCGUCCCCAUGUCGCUGUGUCGGAAUGGAUGGUGCCGGCCGCAGAACGAGCCCCCGGAAACACACAAGAUACAACUGGAAGACCUAGCCAGCUAUCUUCUAUUCUCUCACGUAGUCAGCGACCACUGGCCGGGGCCAGGGCCAAGAGGCCAGACCAACCCCGCCCUCAGCGACACCAGCGUCCAGGAAGUCCUACAGGAUGUUAGGGUCAGCGUACAGGAAGUUGGCGUACUCCCCAGCACCAGCAGUGCCGCCACGCCCCCGGAACCAGAUGCAUGCGCAGGAUUGGACGAGCAUCAGAUACGUCAUGUUUAUAUGCAGCAGGACAGCCAAUCAGACUGCGAAGGGGCUGGGGGUGCUGGGAUGCUGGAUAACACGCAGACAUUCUCCUUGCGGGAGGGAACAAACAUCGAGGUGCGUGUGGAGAUCGAGGCCCAUCCACGAGGCGCGCGUCAGUCCAGCCUCAGUAGCAUCCUGUCCAGUCGCAGCCUGUCGGCCGAGUCACUGGGUCGAGCGCACUCUGUAGGCCACGCCCACUCGCAAGAUCACCUGGGCCACGCCCACUCCAGGGAACACCUGGACUCCACCCACUCCCAGGAACAUCUGUGUGCCUCUGAACAUGAAGAAGAGAGUGGAGAAAAGAGAAGAGGAGACGAGGGAAGAGGAGACGACCUGCAUGUUUUUGAGACUGACAAUAUCUGAGCUCCGCCUACUAUUUAGGCCACACCCUGUUUCCACUACAGGCCCCUCCCACCAGCUGUCUGCCUGCUCCGUCCUCUGAGAAAGAGCAGGGGGGACAUGGCAAGAGAAAGGGGGAGCGAGAGAGAGAGGAGGGAGAGAUGGAAAACGUGUGUUUUGUGAAAACUAGACAAAUUUAGAGAGGGAAGGAUGGAUUAAAAGAAACCAGAAAUGACUGAAAGCAUGUUGAUUGACUAGUUUGGUGGGUGUUAGCCUCACUUUAUUUUACCGUGUCCUUUCAGAAGAGACUGCGUUCCCCGCUCCCACUCUUAACACUGGUCUAUUUUAAAUGAUUAUUACCAAGCCCCUUUCUCUAGCUAUACCCGCAUAUUUAUAAAUCAUCUACAGCCAUUUGAAUCAAAAGUCUCAGAGUUGGAGCGCUGAUCUAGGAUCCGUUUUUUGCCUUUUCGAUCACAAUAAAUACGAUUAUUAAUAGACAGAGAAGACCUGAUCCUAGAACAGUGCUCCAACUCGGGAGACGCUUGAUACACACGGCGCCUAAUUUCCCCUCAUCUAAGAGAGAAAUUGACGAGAUCUAAAAGCAUGUUUUGUUCUGUAGGGGUUAGCCAUGCGUAACACGAUGCUGCAACUCUCCUCCUGUCCUGACACUGAUGAGGUAUAAAAUGCUUCCUGCCCCGCCCCCCAUGCCGAUGACGACAUGCCAUGGAAUGUUGUGAUGCUGCUGUGUAACAGGGGGUCUAACGAGCGGGAGUUUUUCCCCUCGCAAAAGGGUUAUUUUACAGUAUUCUCAGAUGCAGUGUUAACCUGACUUUAUGCAACACGUUUUAACAGAGGAGCUAUGCUGGGCUAACUUUACAGCACUUGUUGAAUGCAGUCGCCCUCGACUAUGACUCGUUGGCGAUCUCAGUACAUUUCAUAGUAGACCACUUUGACCAUACUGGUUAUCAAGCUGGGGGGCUAUAUGUUUUGGUCAGGGCAUUUUUUCACUGCUGUGAAUUUAAGCAGUUUUCAGGGGCCAGGUUCUGUGAAGUUUAGAGACAGACAUUUCCUACAGACUCUGAUCGGCCAUCCCAAACGGCACCCUGUUCCCUGCCCACUGGGAACAGACGUCAGUUUAACGUCUAGUUCUGAUUUACAUUUGGUUGAGUUGUCAACCAACGUGAAUUCAACGUGAUUUAAAAAAAAAAAAAAAAAUGUCAUUGGUUUUAGGUUAAAAUAAAAUUGACUUUUUUUUCAAAUCCAAUCACUUUUCCACGUUGAUUCAACUUCAUCACAUUGCAUUUUUGGGUUGAAAUGGCGUGGAAACAACAUUUGAUUCAACAAUUUUUUGCCCACUGGGUACAUAGUGGACUACUUUUGACCAGGACCCAUAGGGAAUAGGGUGCCAUUUUGGAUGCACUCUCUGAAUAGGGUGCCA